CCCAAAUUCCGUUUCCAAUACAUAAAAUACCUUUUGCAAAAAUGGGUUCCAAGACUAUUCUUUUCUUCUGCAUUUUCUUGGCUAUAUUUCUCAUGAUUACCUCACAGGUGGCUGCUAGGGAAUUGGCUGAGACUUCCCCGUCCGUUGACAAUUCCAAGACUGUCGAGACGAAUGGCGUAGAAGACUGGUAUGGUGGAGGUGGCUAUGGUGGAGGUGGCUAUGGUGGAGGCUAUGGUGGUGGCUAUGGUGGUGGCUAUGGUGGAGGCUAUGGCGGAGGCUAUGGCGGAGGCUAUGGUGGUGGCCGUGGUGGAUAUGGUGGUGGUGGAUAUUGCCGCUUUGGUUGUUGCGGGCGAAGUUAUUAUGGUGGGGGUUGCAGGUGCUGCUCAUAUCCUAGUCAGGCCGUGGAUGCUGAGCCUCAGAAUUAAUACAGCUAGCUUCCAGCUAUGUCAUGAAUGUUUAAACAAGCUCAUUGUGAAUGUAUGUGGUUUGUAGUGUGAAGUACAAAAUAAGAGCUUGGUUAGUGUUUUGUGAUAUGCAGUCUAUGUACUGCUUGCUAGUUCGAUGUUUCAAUUGUGUGAAUGGGUAAUAAUUUGUUUUUCUACGAGGGCUUCUGAUGUGGUGUCAAAAUAUUCUCAUGCAAUAUGAAGUCUUUCAGUAAU